AUGUCUGUUAGGAUUUACGAUGUGGAAAUAGAUCCGAAGAUGGUGGUGGCCACGGUGGAUAUAGUGCCAGAAGAAGAGGGUUUUGAUUCUGGAUAUGGAGAAGAUGUUCGUGCACAAAUCAAGGUGCUGAAGUUUCUGCGUCCAACACUACCCCAUAUUUGUGAAGGUGAGAAAAAGCAUGAGUUUAUACGUGCUCUUGUUGUGAAAGAGAAAAGUGAAGGUGCAAUGACUAAUACUCCAACUAAGAAGCGGGCAAACAACCUUUCGUUGGCUUCCCUUAACGAGAAAAUUUCGUAUGUGGAGACACCCACGCACUUCUCAUAUGUCGCUUAA